AUGGUGCCUUACAGCAGCUCGGCAUCACUUCAAACCCACGCAAGGCUCCUGAUCAAACAAAACGUGGGUGAUCCCCAGUUGGUAUCUGAAGCCAGCGAAACGGGAAGAAAAGCCAUGCAUCCUAUCGAGCCAGUUCCCCACCCGGUCGGCGCGGAACCCGGCUCUCGAAAACUUUCCAAGCGGUUCUUGAAGUGUUUCUGUGGAUAUCCAGCAGUGGAUGGGGCCACUGGAGCUCGCAGUGUGGAGGCAACGGCCAGCAAAAGCCGGUUGCCUGAAGUCGAGAGUACGAAAAUCAGUCCAGGGAGCUCUUAUAAAGGCCGGCCCAGAGAACUCAUUCCGAAAUCCGGUGGCCGUUCGCGCUCCGAAAAAGAACGGCCAGGCUCAGUCGAUCUGGAUCCAGAAAAGGAGGACGAGUCGAUGGACGGCCAGGACGUCAACUUCCGAUUCGUCAUCGACUCCCUGACCCCCGAGCAGGAACAGGCGGCUAUCAAUUGGGUCCAAUCGCAAAAUAAAUCUAGGAACUUGGACCGCCAAAAUGGGUUCUUUUACCCGCCCAGAUAUCAGGUUUAUGGCAAACAUGUCGACGCGCAAUUCCCCCCCGGGUACCAAGAAGGAUACGCGAGAUAUCGCUGAUCGCUGGUGGUCGUCACUUCUGGCUUAUGAAAACUUCAAGUUCAAAAGAAGAAUAAAA